GCAUUGGCAGUAAAGCAAAGACAUCAACACGUGGACACUGUGAACCUUGCAAAAAGUGCAACCUAUGACGGCUUCAACUACAAGAUUGGAAUGGUGGUAGCCCAUGGGUCUCUGGCUGGACUUCCAGAGUUCUGGGAAAUAAUUCAUAUGAUUGUUCUACAGGAGAGACUAAUUUUCAUUGUCAAAAAAUGGGAUGCCUGGUACCUGGAACAUUACAGAGCUUAUGACUUAGUCAUAUCUACUGCUAGGGAACUUAGUCUUGUUGGGGUGCAUGAACUGACAGAUCCUUACCCUCUGGCUCACUACAUGGUUGAUGGACGGCGCCUCGUCUCUCUGAAGAGAUACAUACAUGCAUAAGGUUGAAUAUGAAUGAGUGUAGGAUUGGAAAUGUUUGAGAAUUCCUUGUUUUGCUUUAUUUUGCUGUCCUCUCAUAAUGUAAAAAAGACAAUGCUUUAAGGCCGUAGCAGUUUGACUUUGGACACAAAUGUAUGGGAAUUUCAGAAAGUGUAAAACUUCUCUUUAUCACUAUAAUAGUGAUUAGUGGGAUUGUUAAUCAUAAAAUUGGUGAGUAGUAAUUAGAUGAAAGUUAUGGACCAUACAACUAAUACUAAUUUUUUUUAUUCCUGUUUUUACUAGAUUCUUUUUGAUGGGCGGAUAUGGCAGUGAAAAGGCCAGCCAAGUUGCGGGUUGUUUUGAAUCCUGAUGACACCAGGAAGCUAAUUCUGUCUGAUGGAAUUCCAGAGACAAUGGAGCAGCUUAUGGAUGAAGUCCGGAAAGUGUGUGGGUUUAAUGGUAAUUUCAGACUGCAGUACCAAGACAGAGACUUUGGAGAUGCGCUAGUGAACUUGACAUCUACUGUUGAACUUGAGGACUUGGCAACUGUCAAGGUCAUCCCAAUAAUUGAUGAUUGCAGCCAAGGACUUAAUCUUACUGUCUGUGAUGAUUUGUCAACUCAAUCAGAUGACACAGAGCUCCUUUCCACACCCUCCAGCUCUGUCUCUACAAGAACUCAGAUGUGGCCAAGAGAGUUUCCGAUACCAACGUUCUCCUAUGACACUGAACUGCAGUUAGAGAAGGGGAAUGUGGUGUAUAGGUCAAACAUGACAAGGUUGACACCUAGUUCAAAAACAAAAUCUGAUAUUCUGGAAAAGGUAGCUGAAGAGAUUUUCAAGUACAAGGCCUACCCAACAGAUUCUGACUUCAGUGAUGUUGCCGAAGCACUUAUCAAGAAGCAUCCAUGUCUCUCUGAACCUGGUUCAUACAAUGGUUGUUACGGGUGGAAGCAGCGGUUGAAGACCAAAAUGGGCAACUACCGAACUCAGUUGAAGGGCAUUGGGUGUUCUGAAUUACUUGCAAAUUCACUUAAAUCCAAAGCUCCAGAGGAUGCAUUGCCAGCAAAAAAAGUAAAGAGACCUAAGAGAGGAGAGGCCAACCACAUACCUGACAUUCCAACUGGAGAGACCCCAGACAAGUUGGAAAAGGAGAGACUGUUACUUCUAAGUGAGGUGAUGAAACGAAACAACCGUGCACUGAUAAAGGACAAAAUGGCCAAGACUUUUUCACUGCGGAGACAUGAAAUUGUGGAGAAGGAAUUAGGAGUGGAGGACUUAAAAGUCAGAUGGCCCGCAUUGUUCUCAAUGGAUGAGAUCAAUGCUGAAUUCAUGAGGAUUACAACUGUUCCUCUUCAACCGCGGUUCCUGGCUUCCUUGGACAAGCACCACAGCAAGCUGAUUGAUAUCAUCAGAAACAAGGGAGGAACUGUCAGAGAGAAGACCCGGAACAUACUGAGAGUUUUGGAUCAGAGUCUUGAGGUAAAUCUAAAGAGAGAGUGCCUGCUGAAGUCCCUUAUUGUGUACCUUGGGGAGGAUGUGGACAAACUUAUCAAGGAGUAUCUGGUUGUUCAGAAGGACCAAGCUGAAACAGAGCUCGAGAGGUGUACAAUGGCAGUGUUUGUUAUAAGGGAGGAGGAGGAUCCUCUCCAGCCACCACAGGACGUUGGGGUUGUAAUAGAAGGUGUGGAAGUCCUUAACAAGCUGCCAUCAGUUACACAUGCAUGUGCCAUGUUAUUUGGCCUCAUCUACGCUCUAAACUUGAGCUAUCCAGGUGAGCUCAAAUACACUUUUGAUGCGCUGCAGAAAAUCUUCAUGGAGAUUGAACCAAAGACAAUGAGACGCAGAGUGUGCAGUCUGAGUGUCAAGCUCUAAAUAAUGGAUUAUUCCAAGAAACAUUUGGAUGCAGCAUGUUUUUGUUCUGUGUUCUAGCUUGUAUUCAAAAACCUUGCAGGAGAAUGAAAGGGGAUAUUGUUAAAUGUAAAUAAGAGACACAUACUUCAAUUGAACAGCCUUACUUUAAGAAUUUCUUUUUACAGAAUUCUCAUUUUUUUGUGGAAGCCCAUGUCUGGUAACACUGUCAGAGUGUGGUUAUGGUGGAGUUGUGUCAAGUUUAAAAAAAAAACUUAAACAAAUUGAGAGAUAAAAAAAAUUGUACUGUAAA